AUGGGUCCUGGACUCCGUGGUGACAGGAUGCUGUCUCUGAUUGGCCGGCUGUGUGAUCAUGUGACCAGUGUGGAUGUGAGCUGGAGCGGAGCAACGGGUGCAGGAGUGAAAGCUCUCAGUGACUGCUGUCCAGGGUUGAAACUAAACUCUGUUGUCCUGAAUGGCUGUCAGGUCACUGAUGAUCCCCUGAUCAAACUCAUCAUGAGACACAGAGGAAGUCUUUGCAGACUGGAGGUGUUUGGCUGUCAGUUCCUUACAUCAUCAUGUCUACAGACUGUUUUUGAGACAUGUCCUGGCCUCCAGCACCUUAACAUCGGACAAGUGCCCAAGGUCAACACAGACUGUCUCACAGUGAUGACAUCACAACUUAAAUCUCUCAUUUCACUAAAUCUGACUGGACUUCGGGGAGUUACAGAGGCCUCUGUGGACUCUUUGCUUCAGAGCUGUGGAAAACUUCAGAGUCUGACACUCAGCUCCUGUAUUGCAGUCACAGACCUGACACUACAAAACAUCAGCAAAUACACUCCUCAUAUCAGGGAGCUGGAUGUGAGCGGCUGUAAAGCAGUAACAGAUGCAGGAGUCGAGUCUCUGGCUCUGAGAUGUCGACGGCUUCAGCAGCUAGAUCUCAGUUCCACCCGCACAGGAAAUAGAGGGGUUACUCUACUGGCCAACUAUUGCAGCAGACACCUUCAAACUGUCAAAUUAAGUUUCUGUCACAUCAGCUGUGAGAGCAUCCUGCAGCUCUGCAGAUGCUGCACCAGGCUGAAGGUGCUCCAUCUCUACGGCUGCGCUCGUCGCCCUACUGAUGGAGAUAUCCAAAAAGUUAACAGUGCUGUUAAAGUUUACCCUACUGAUUGA